GCCAUGGCAUACCCACGACCCGAUUUCGAAAGGAAGAAUCUGAACUGGGCCUCCCUGAAUGGCGCAUGGAACUUCAUCUUCGAUGAUUCUGAUCUCGGUUUGUCAGAACUCUGGCAACUGAAGGGAAUCCCCUGGGAGGCGGAAGCUCACUCUAAACGGGAAAUCCAAGUCCCUUAUGCAUUUCAGACCCCUGCAUCAGGAAUCGACAUCCAGGAAGCCCAUGAGGUCCUUUGGUACGAGCGCAUGAUCAAGGAUAUUCGAACGUCGGAGGAGAAGGAUAAGGGAAAUCGUCUGGUUCUGCGCUUCGGAGCAGUUGAUUACGAGUGCUCUGUAUGGGUAGACGGAGAGCUUGUCGGUAGUCACCAGGGCGGACAUGUUCCGUUUGAUCUGGACAUCUCAGAUGCAGUUGCCGGCAAACACGAAUGUCGUUUGACUAUGCGCGUCCGCGAUUCACCUACCGACCUUACCCAACCGCGCGGAAAGCAAUACUGGGGUCCUGUUCCAGAGUCGAUCUACUAUACCCCGACCAGUGGAAUCUGGCUCCCUGUUUGGUUGGAGAGUGUGCCUAUCACCCGGCUAGGUUGCGGUAGCUAUGGCACUGUGCUUCGCUCGGAUGAUAUCGAGAAUGGCCAGCUUCAUGCGCGGGUUGCAGUGGUGGGCAAAAAAUGGUGCACGGCUACAUACCGGGUUGAAAUUAAAGCCAGCCUUUCUGGUGUCCUUGUUAGCCAGGCCACAAGCGACGUCCCCGCCGACAAGGACUCUGUGAACCUCGACCUUGAUGUGAAGAUCCCGGCGUCACUGAAGCAAGAAUUGCCACAUAAUUCCGACAAGUAUACGCGUGAUGGUGUUGCCCUUUGGGGACCGGAUCACCCAAUCCUGUAUGACUUGACGCUGCGUCUGUAUAUCGGCGAUCAACUGGUCGAUGAAGUUUGCACCACAACAGGCAUGCGAAGCAUCUCCUGGAGAGCAGGAAACGGUACAUUCCAAAUCAACGGGAAGCCUUUCUUCCAGGCUUUAGUCCUCGACCAAGGUUAUUGGCCCGAAACUGGAAUGACACCUCCAAGCCCGGACGCAUUGAAAGCCGACAUAGAGAUGUCGAUGGCGAUGGGCUUCAAUGGCUGCCGAAAACAUCAAAAGGUGGAGGACCCCGUCUUCCUCUACUGGGCGGACAAGUUAGGCUAUCUAGUGUGGGGAGAAAUCGCGAACGCUUACGAGUUCACGAACCAUGCCGACCUUUUCAAUAACGAAUGGAUCGCUGCCGUAAAAAGAGACAUCAACCACCCGUGCAUUGUGACUUGGACUCCCGGCAAUGAAAGCUGGGGUUACACUUCGCUGAAAGAUAGCGUUGAGCAGCGCAAUCACAUGCGAUCCAUAUAUUACAUGACGAAGACUCUUGACCCCAGCCGCCCAAUCAAUGACAACUGCGGUUGGGAACAUGUCAUAACUGAUCUUACCACAUAUCACGACUACGCAGACUCGCCAGAGCUAACCAUGUCAUGCGCCAAGAUGGAAGGGGGUAUCCUGGAUCAGAAGGCGAAGCAUGACAUGUUUACCCCACCAAUUUACGAGGGGUCGACUCUUAUCGAUGCCGGCACCCAGCAUACGCCAGGUGCUCCAGUAAUUUGUACCGAGUUUGGUGGUGUCAAUAUUGCACCCCCGGAUGGUACAACUGCGGGUGAACGGGAUUGGGGUUAUACCACCGCCACUGACUCCAAGGAUCUUCUCGAUCGACUGGAGAAGUUGAUCAUGGCUGUUGUGCGCGGUGGCCAUUCGUGUGGAUUUGUGUACACUCAGCUGUAUGAUGUGGAACAAGAGGUGAACGGAUUAUACUCUUAUGGUCGCAAGGCAAAGAUUCCCGCCGAAAAGGUCAAAGUGAUCAUUGAUGGCGCGCAAGCGUACUAUUAUGCGCACGUCGUGCCUAAAGAAGCUGCGUUGGAAAACGGACAUUAA